AGUCUUACAUAGACUGUGCAAAUGCAGUGAUUUAUCAUCAGAUACAUUUUUAUUCUAUUUUAAUUGUGCCAAUUCUUGUUUACCUGAACCAAUAAAGGCAAUUAACGACGCGCCCAUUGAUCGGGGUCAGCUGAUUGUUUGGCGCGUAUCCGGUUUGCUUCAGUCAACAGUUUAAUGUUAUAAUUUCAAAGCUGUAAACACGAUACCACCGUUUUUCGUAAAAAAAGUUAAGAUCAUGGGAAAGGUUCAGUUUUUCGCUCUCUGGUCCUUAAGCGAAGCGCCCCGUCAGUUCAUCAGCAAGUGCAACCGCCUGCACUAUCAGAUCCAGGUGCCGUUACCUUUGCCCAUGCAGCUGGUGGUGUUCGGUCUAGGAGACUGGGCCAUUUAUUCUAGUGGUACGACCAUCUCGGUUGAGGUGCUUGUAAGCCAGGACCUGAAGCCGCAGCUCAUCGGGACACUUUCAUCUCAAACAAGGUGUCUUGUCUGGGAGGGAGACUGGAGAUUGGAUCUGUUGACAGAAGCUUUGCGGCGGUCAGAGCAAGGCAUCUAUGGAAAGAUUGUGCUCACCGUCAGUGGGGAGGUGACACCCAAGAUUAUCUGCAGCACUCCACUGUCGUCACAGAAACGCCUCAGUCUCGCUGAAUGGGACGCAUGUCAACAGCAGGUUAAAGCACCGGAUGGGACGGCCUCUCAGGAGAGUACAGUCCAGAACAUCUGCUAUGCAGAUCUCAAAAGCAGCAAGGCCGAAAUGGAGGACUCUGGUCAGAAAGCCAAAAAGUCACAUGUAUGGCCUACGGAUAAGACUCCCAGGCGGACCGUGAUUGGGAGGAGAGGCCAGCUGGUGUUGGAAGCAGAGGAGCUGGGCAGCUUCAGGGACUCUGAACGGGUGUCCAGUCCCCAGAGACGGAGGCUGAGCUCACCGCCGGAGGGACACGCUGUCCCCGUGAAGGUGAAGAAGUGCCGGGCAGUGCGCCCAUCGACACGCUGGUGUCACGCCAUGUGCAUGAGUGAUCCGGAGACUGCUGUCGUGAUUGGUGGGGAGGCGAUGGACCAAGCCCGGUGUCCGGACACUCUUUGGAAGCUGGAGAUAGACAGCAAUUUUUGGUUUCCGAUGGACUCCCCUGGGUCUGGGCACAUCCCGUGCUGUUCCCGUGGUCUCUCUGCGACCUUUGACCCAGAAUCUAAGGCGGUGUAUGUGUAUGGUGGUUUGAAGCGGGACGGUCGCCAUGGUGAUGUCCACGUCCUCGACACCCUGACCUGGAAGUGGAAGCUUAUCGCCGCCAGAGGAGACAUCCCAGCCCUGGCGUACCACAGUGCCGUCAUCUACAAGAAGGAGCUCUUUGUGUUUGGUGGCAUCCGGCCCAGCGGAUGCCCCGAUGGCAGGGCCUGUAGCAACGCCCUGUACAUCUUCAACCCUGAGUUUGAGCUCUGGUACCAGCCCAUCGUAGAAGGGGACCGACCUCUGCCUAGAUUUGGGCAUUCGAUGACACUGCUGUCAGACAAAAUGAUUAUCUUCGGUGGGAGGAAGACCUCUGCCUACCUGAAUGAUCUCCACGUCCUGGACCUUGGUUUUAUGGAAUACAUAGGCGUGAAGUAUGAGGAUGUUCCACCACUGCCUCGUGGAUUCCACGCAGCCAUCUCACUGGGCCACAACAGGAUCCUCAUCAGCGGGGGCUGCUGUGCCAUGGGGGCUCUGCAGGAUCUGCAUGUGUUCAGCCUGGAGACCGGCUCCUGGAGCGCAGUGUCCUGCCCGGCUCUCUGCUCCCAGCCCCGUGCAGGCCACAGCAUGCUCAGCCUGGGUGCCCCUGACUCUGCAGAUGAGGGCGACGGCAGCUGCUACACCGUCUUGGUGUUCGGGGGCUCGGAUUGCGCUGGAACCUUCUACAACAACACCAUCAAGUGUGCUGUGGAGAUCCCGGAAGUGAAACUGGGCCCAAGGUCCAAAAGGUGGUACUGAUGCAUGGUCAAAUGUGGAGUGUUUUGUCCCCCCCCCCCCAAAGUUAGUAGUGUGUUUUAGCACUUAAUUCCUGAGGCAGAAGGAAAUGUGUCCCCCUACUUUAGGGGGGUGGGCUCAGUGUCCUACUGGGCUGUUCCAAAGGCUACUAUUGUGAAUUUGAGGCAGUAGCACCCUGCUUCAAAAUGGUGGUUUUUGCUGCUUCUGGCUUUAAGAAGCACAUGACUUGCAAACGGAUUUUAUUUUUUUUAAUGAAUAGGAAUCUUUUUUUUUUUUUUUUUUUUUAAAUGAUGGCUUUUGGUGACUUGCAGGAAGCACUAAGUGCCGUUUUACUCCUUGGUUUAACAAUUGGACAUUUUAUGCUACUUCUGACGUCUUCGAUGCACUUGGUGUAAAUAUAACAAGCCUUUCAAAUCCAGUGGCGAGAUCAAUCCGUGUUUUACGAAGUGUUCAGCGACGUUUGCUUAUGAUAGUUCACUAGUGUACCUUCAUCAAUGUACAUAGGAUCACUCAGUGUUGUCACAGUUCCCCCUGGUGGACACAUGAGGCAGUGACACUUUAUUUAGCACCUCAGUGAAGUCUUGGGGAUUUUUACCACUUUGUACAAUAAAUUGUUUUAAUUCUGUAUGCAUGUAUAUUCACUUUUAUUUUCACGUGGUGAUGGUGUCACUUUCCAUGAAUGUUUGGCUCGUUUUGAAGUGUAACGCUGAUGCGAAAGAGCAGUGUUAAACCAUGUCAAUAAAUGGUUUUAACUAUCAAA